AUGGCGGCCACGUCACCGUUGCCGCGGUGGGCGCCGACGCCGGGCCGGGCGCGGCUGCUAUGGUGGCGCUGGGGCGGCAGCACGGCCGACGCCGCUGAUCAUCCGCCUGCUGGCGGCCAAGGUCGGUGGUGGUCGCUCGGUGCGGCGAAGACGCCGCUCAUCAUGAGCCUGCUGGCGGCCGAGGGCGUUCCUGACGUGGGAGGACGUGCACGUCACGGUGGCCGGCGGCGGCCUGCGCGGGCGCCUGACGUGAAGAUCCUGGACGGGAUCAGCGGGCACGCGCGCCCCGGGGAGGUGCUGGCCAUCAUCGGCCCGUCCGGGGGCGGCAAGACGACGCUGCUCGACACCCUCGCAGGAAGGUUAGGAUCAGACAUGAAUAAAACAGGGCUGAUUUUAAUCAAUGGCCGGCAGGAGAAGCUUGCCUAUGGAACCUCGGCAUACGUGACCCAAGACAACGUGCUGAUGUCGACGCUGUCCGUGCGCGAGGCCGUGUACUACUCGGCGCAGAUGCAGCUGCCGGACACGAUGCCGUUGCCGGAGAAGCGGUCGCACGCGGAGCGGGUGAUCCGGGAGAUGGGGCUCGCCGACGCCAUGGACACGCGCAUCGGCGGCCGGAUCACCAAGGGCAUCAGCGGCGGGCAGCGGAAGCGGCUCAGCAUCUGCAUCGAGAUACUCACGCGGCCGCGCCUGCUCUUCCUCGACGAGCCCACCAGCGGCAUCGACAGCGCCGCCUCCUACCACGUCAUGAGCCACAUCGCGCGCGUCGCCGCCCGCGACGGCAUGACGGUCGUCGCCGCCGUGCACCAGCCCAGCGGCGACGUCUUCGAGCUCUUCCACGGCCUCUGCCUGCUCGCCACCGGGAAGGCGAUCUUCUUUGGAACCAUCUCUGAUGCCACCGAGUUCUUCACUCUGAACGGCUUUCCAUGUCCACACCUGAGAAGCCCGUCAGAUCACUUCCUGAGAACAAUCAACAAAGACUUUGAUGAGGAGGGCGCUUCAUUUAGGAGGAGAGAACAAGCAAGUUUUACCACAAAGCUCCUUGUGCUCACAAGGAGAUCGUUGUUGAAUAUGCUCAGGGACAUAGGAUAUUACUGGAUGCGUUUGGCCGUCUAUAUGGGCACUGGCGCAUGUCUUGGCACUAUCUUCUACCAAGUUGGCUAUAGCUACAGCUACACUUCUAUCCAGGAUCGAUGUGAAGUAAUAAUGUAUACAACAGCACUUUUAACUUUUAUGGCCAUUGGAGGAUUUCCGUCUUUCGUAGAGGACGUUAAGUCUGCGCACAUUUUUAAUACCACCAUUUUCACCCUUGGGUCAGGUCUUCAGAAAGGAGAGGCUGAGUGGCCACUACGGCGUCUCAGAAUUUGUGAUCUCAAACACCCUCUCAGCUACUCCAUACCUGUCAUUGCUGUAUUACCCAAGCAAUUGGAGAGCAUUAUGAUGAUUAUCGCUGCUAUUGUUCCGGACUUCCUAAUGGGAAUCAUCAUUGGAGCUGGAGUUCAAGGGGUGAUGAUGCUCAAUGGCGGCUUCUUCCGCCUUCCAAGUGAGCUCCCAAAGCCAGUAUGGAAGUAUCCCUGCUACUACAUCUCCUUCCACAAGUAUGCGGUGCAAGGAUUAUACAAGAAUGAGUUCAUGGGACUGUCGUUCCCAAGUGAUCAGCUCAUUGAGUCUAAUGUCACCAUCAGUGGCAUUCAAGUCCUCAAGUAUAAGUUGGAGGUGGAGAUGGGGUACUCGAAAUGGGUAAACCUUGCUAUCCUUUGUGGAAUGACGGUGAUAUACAGGAUGAUAUUCUUCAUCAUCGUCAAGAUUACUGAGGAAAUUCGACAAAAAAUGGGAGGCAAACGAGGAUGUGUUAGAUUUUCUAGAUAA